GAAGAUGUCAUCAUUACGUAACUUUCAUUAUUUAAUCUUCAGAAAUUCAAGACUAUUUAAAAAACAAGAUAAGUUAGUUCUUCGAAAUCAUAUAAAGCUUUAACAUUUCCGAUAAUAACCUACGACAGGGAACUUUAAUUUUACCGCUUUUGUGAUCGCACUCACACGUGAAGAUAUUAAAAUCGAUAAAGAGAGUUUGCGAUUCGGGGUCAAUUGUAGGACAGCACAUCCAUUCUGUUUCGAACACUCCGAGUGGAUUGUCACGCGUUGCAUUAGAUUUUUGAUUUCUAAAUACAGUACUAAUAGUUAUUGUGGAAAAAUGCCGAUUCAAAGUAUUAAAGCAAGACAGAUCUAUGAUUCCCGUGGUAACCCAACCGUAGAGGUUGAUCUUGUAACAGACAUGGGUCUGUUCAGAGCAGCAGUUCCUUCAGGUGCAUCAACUGGUGUACACGAAGCGUUAGAACUUCGAGAUAACGAUAAAUCAAAGUAUCAUGGAAAAUCUGUUUUUAAAGCUGUAGAUAACAUCAAUAGUGUCAUCACACCUGAAUUAUUGAAGGCAAAUUUGGAAGUUACCCAACAAACGGACAUUGAUAAUUUCCUAUUAAAACUUGAUGGUACACCAAACAAAUCGAAGCUUGGUGCAAAUGCUCUUUUGGGUGUUUCAUUGGCAGUAUGUAAAGCAGGAGCUGCUAAGAAAGGAAUCCCAUUGUACAAAUAUAUUGCAGAAUUAGCUGGAAAUCCCAACAUUAUUCUACCAGUUCCAGCUUUCAAUGUUAUUAAUGGUGGUUCACAUGCAGGAAAUAAAUUAGCAAUGCAAGAAUUCAUGAUUCUGCCUACAGGAGCAGCUAACUUCACAGAAGCAAUGAAAAUGGGUAGUGAAGUUUACCACCACCUUAAAGCUGGUAUUAAAAAGAAGUUUGGACUUGAUGCUACUGCAGUUGGUGAUGAAGGUGGUUUUGCACCUAACAUUUUGGAAAAUAAAGAAGCUCUGAAUUUAAUUAUUGAUGCUAUCAAAGUUGCUGGGUAUGAAGGUAAAAUUAAGAUUGGUAUGGAUGUUGCUGCAUCUGAAUUCCACAAGAACGGAAAGUACGAUUUAGAUUUCAAGAAUGAAAAGUCUGAUCCCAGCACAUAUUUGGAACCAACGGCCUUAAAGAAUUUAUAUUUAGAUUUUGUUAAAGAAUUCCCAAUUGUUUCGAUUGAAGAUCCAUUUGAUCAAGAUGAUUGGGAUUCUUGGACUUCUAUGACAUCAUCUACUCCUAUUCAGAUUGUUGGUGACGAUCUUACUGUAACAAAUCCUGAAAGAAUUAAAACAGCUAUCGAAAAGAAAGCUUGCAACUGCCUCCUGUUGAAGGUCAACCAAAUAGGUACCGUUACAGAAUCUAUUAACGCUCAUAAACUUGCGAAGAGUGCUGGAUGGGGCACCAUGGUGUCUCAUCGUUCUGGAGAAACAGAAGACACAUUCAUUGCCGAUCUAGUAGUUGGACUUUCGACUGGUCAAAUCAAAACUGGUGCACCUUGCCGUUCAGAACGUUUGGCCAAAUAUAAUCAGAUUCUUCGUAUUGAAGAAGAAUUGGGGUCAGCUGCUAAGUUUGCAGGCGAAAAAUUCCGUAAUCCUCAGGCUUAAAACAUUCUACCCUUUUUAUCAAUGAUAUAAUGAGGUUCUAGUUACAUUUAUCGUAAUACACAAUGAAACCUAUACUUCAAUCACCAUCGGAAAUUUGUGAAUGAAAUAGAGUCAAAUGAUUUUAUUAUAAUCAUAGUGUGUCAAAUUACAGAUAUUAUAAUAGUAGGCUCAGACAUGAUGACUCAUUGUUAAAAAUAUCAGAAACUUGUAUAAGUUACAUCGUUAAAAACUCAAAUAAACUUAUUGGAUUCAUAAUUAUUUUUUGCUAAUAUUAUUAUAAUUAAAAAGUUUAGUGGAGGCAAUUUACCAGUGCUUUUAAUAAAUAUCAAUUAUCAAGAUGUAUAAAUAUUGUAAAAACAUAUAUUUUACACGAUUUUUUUCUUCAGUAUUUUCAAUGUUUGGACCAUAAUGAACAACUUUGUGGAAUUAAGUCAGGUCCAUUGUUUAAACGAAUAAAAGAAUAGAUAGGCCUGGUAUCUGCGAACUUAGAAGCACAAAUAGAUCAUGAAUAAAAUUUAUGAUUAUUGUUAAUUGUUACAUGUAUGAAUGUCAUUCAUAAUGAGGCAUGUGGUAAAAGUAUCCAAAUAAUAAGUGUCAUUACAAACAAAGUUAAUUGUUAUUUUCAUAAAACUUUAAAAGAGCAGUAUAAAUCCUGUUGUCACGAGUACAUCUGUAAACUCAAACGUAUGAAUAAAGUAUAAACAACCA